GCGAAGGAACAGAAAGAGCCGUUUCGCUUCCCGGCUGGACAAUAAGAAGCAGAGCCGACAAACAUUGACAGAGAAGCCCAAUGUUUCCCCCCAUGUACCAACGUGCAACACUCCGGCGGAGGCGGACGGUCCAAAACCCCCGAGCCGGGUCCACCUGCGCCCAUUUGCUUUAAAAGAAAAGCCCUGACUUGCUCUCGGUGGUAGCCAAUCACAUUGGCUCAAUGGAGAAUGGUGAUUGGAAAAGAACUAAACAUGUCUCCCGUUGUUGCCUCACCCGCCAGCGUCCGCUAAGCUCACUCGGAGUAAACCGCACCUACCCAAAUUGACCCCCGUUUCCCCUGAGGAUUUGGCCAUGACUUCCGUGCGUUUCACCGUGACGCCCACCAAGGCGGAGGACCACCCGGGGCUGUCGGACACGUCGCCCGAAAUCAGCUCCCGCUCCGGCACCCACGUGCGCUUCGGCUCCCGGGAAAGCGUCAGUCGAAGCGAGCCGCCCAGCGACACGUCGGGAGGUGUCGCGGGAGGAGGCGGGGCGGAAACGCCCGACCACGGUAACGUGGAGCAAGGAGAUGGAAACGCCAAACUCUCCAGCGUGUACAUCAACAACAGCCACGGCGUGGAUGACGACGACUUCUACGAUAGGAACUUGGCCUUGUUUGAGGAGGAGAUGGACACUCGGCCAAAAGUGUCGUCGCUGCUCAGUCGGCUGGCCAACUACACCAACUUGAUGCAGGGCGCCAAGGAGCACGAGGAAGCCGAGAGUAACAGCGAGAAGAAGAAGGCCAAGUCACCAGCCAUGGGGACCUUCAUGGGGGUCUACCUGCCGUGUCUACAGAACAUCUUUGGCGUCAUCUUGUUCCUGCGUUUGACCUGGGUGGUGGGGACCGCCGGCAUAUUGCAGGGACUGUGCAUCGUCUUCAUCUGCUGCUGCUGUACGUUGCUGACCGCUAUAUCGAUGAGUGCCAUCGCAACCAAUGGCGUGGUUCCAGCUGGAGGCUCCUACUUCAUGAUCAGCCGCUCUCUUGGUCCUGAGUUUGGGGGCGCGGUGGGUCUGUGCUUCUACCUUGGUACCACCUUCGCUGGAGCCAUGUACAUUCUCGGAGCGGUGGAGAUCCUGUUGAUGUACAUUGCACCGGAAGCGGCCAUUUUUACAGCCAAGGGGCUGGAGGGCGAGGGUGCAGCCAUGUUGAACAACAUGCGUGUCUACGGCUCCGUCUGCCUCCUCCUCAUGUCCUUGCUGGUCUUCGUGGGCGUCAAGUACGUCAACAAGCUGGCUUCCAUCUUCUUAGCCUGCGUCAUCAUCUCCAUUAUCUCCAUCUACGUUGGCGCGCUGGUGUCCGCCUUCAAGCCGCCCAACUUCUCGGUUUGUAUGCUUGGAAACAGAACCAUCAACGGCCACGAUCUCGUCGACAACCAGUGUGCUAAAACUGUCCUUCUCACGGUCGAGAGGGAGGUUGCCAAUGUGACUCUUCCUGGCGCAGUCGAGAACACCACGGAGCUCCCGACUCCGGAGCUCAACCACAGCUCUGAGAGAACCACAUACUUGUGGAGUCGCUUCUGCCAGAACGCCGAACUCAACGCCUCCUGUGACGACUACUUCGCAGCCAACAACUUCUCCCGCAUCGAAGGCAUCCCCGGUCUGGCCAGUGGCGUCAUCACCGAGAACCUUUGGAGCUCAUAUCUCAGCAAAGGAGACGUACUGGAGAAAGGUUCUAUUAGCUCCGCCCAAGGAGCGCACGCGGCGUCCACACAGCAGCCUUACGUCUUCGCUGACAUCACAACUUCUUUCACUUUGCUGGUGGGAAUCUUCUUCCCUUCCGUCACUGGAAUCAUGGCUGGUUCCAAUCGGUCUGGGGACCUGAAAGACGCUCAACGUUCCAUCCCGAUCGGGACCGUCCUCGCCAUCCUCACCACCUCCUUAGUUUACCUGAGCAGCGUCGUUUUAUUUGGCGCCUGCAUCGACGGCGUGGUCCUCAGAGACAAGUUUGGAGACUCUGUCAAAGGGAAUCUGGUGGUGGGUACGCUGGCCUGGCCUACCCCUUGGGUCAUCGUGGUGGGGUCCUUCUUCUCCACGUGCGGCGCCGGCCUCCAGUCGCUGACGGGUGCUCCGAGACUUCUCCAGGCUAUCGCCAAGGACAACAUUAUCCCUUUCCUUCGGGUUUUUGGUCACGGCAAAGCCAACGGAGAGCCCACCUGGGCACUGCUGCUGACGGCAUUCAUCGCAGAGCUGGGAAUCCUGAUCGCGUCUCUGGACCUGGUGGCUCCUAUUCUGACCAUGUUCUUCUUGAUGUGCUACCUGUUCGUCAACCUGGCCUGCGCGCUGCAGACCCUCCUGAGGACGCCCAACUGGAGGCCUCGGUUUUCCUACUACCACUGGACACUGUCAUUCUUGGGGAUGACGAUCUGCCUGGCACUCAUGUUCAUCUCCUCCUGGUACUAUGCGAUCAUUGCCAUAGUGAUUGCAGGCAUGAUCUACAAGUACAUCGAGUACCACGGUGCAGAGAAAGAGUGGGGAGAUGGGAUCCGCGGUCUCUCGCUCAGUGCCGCCCGUUACGCCCUGUUAAGGUUAGAAGAAGGCCCGCCACACACCAAGAACUGGAGGCCUCAGCUGUUAGUUUUACUCAAACUGGAUGAGGAUGCGCACGUCAAGUCUCCGCGCCUCCUAACCUUUGCAAGCCAGCUAAAGGCGGGAAAAGGCCUGACAAUCGUGGGCACUGUAGUUGCGGGCAACUUCCUGCAAAGCUACGGAGAGGCAUUAGCAGCGGAACAGACCCUGAAGCUUCUGAUGGACAAGGAGCGAGUCAAGGGCUUUUGCCAGUGCAUCGUAGCGCAGAAGGCGCGUGAAGGCAUCAGUCACAUGAUCCAGUCCAGCGGCCUCGGCGGGAUGAAGCCCAACACCGUGGUGAUGGGAUGGCCUCAUGCUUGGAGGCAGAGCGAGGACCCGCAAUCCUGGAAGACCUUCAUCCACACGGUCCGCGUCACCACAGCUGCCCACCUCGCCCUGCUGGUGCCCAAAAACAUCUCCCUGUUCCCCAGCAAUAACGAGCCGUGCACUGACGGUUACAUGGACGUUUGGUGGAUCGUGCACGACGGCGGGAUGUUGAUGCUGCUGCCCUUCCUGCUGCGCCAGCACAAGGUGUGGCGUAAGUGCGGGAUGCGCAUUUUCACCGUGGCCCAGAUGGAGGACAAUUCCAUCCAGAUGAAGAAAGAUCUAGCGACUUUCCUCUAUCACUUGCGCAUCGAGGCUGAAGUAGAAGUCGUGGAGAUGCACAACAGUGACAUCAGCGCGUAUACGUACGAGAGGACUCUGAUGAUGGAGCAGAGGUCCCAGAUGCUACGUCAGAUGCGUCUUUCCAAAUCGGACCGGGAGCGUGAGGCUCAGCUCGUGAAAGACCGCAACUCCAUGUUGCGACUGACCAGCAUCGGUUCCGACGAGGACGACGACACGGACGGCGGCGAGCGCGACAGAGCGGGGGCCGGCGACGGGUCCUCGACCGAGCGCCACCGCCGCGUUCAAAUGACCUGGACCAAAGAGAAGGCUUCGCAGUACCGGGCCGCCCACUCUGGAUGCUCCACGCCUGAGGGAUUCAGGGACAUGCUCAGCAUCCGGCCUGACCAUUCCAACGUAAGGAGAAUGCACACGGCCGUCAAACUUAAUGAAGUCAUUGUCAACAAAUCCCACGACGCCCGAGUCGUCCUGCUCAACAUGCCGGGACCGCCCAAGAACUCCGAGGGAGACGAGAACUACAUGGAGUUCCUGGAGGUUCUAACGGAGGGUCUGGAGCGUGUUCUGCUGGUCCGCGGCGGAGGGAGCGAAGUCAUCACCAUCUACUCCUGAUAAAACGCACGCGUUAAAAGUAGCUGCUAAUCUACUGCAAGUGAGAUGGCGGGGAGGUCAUCUGCUGCGUGAACCACUCAAACCAACCCAGCUUGUCACUCGUCUUCACUGUCCCGUCACGACGCACGCGCGCCUUUACAUUCCACUGCCGUCAGGCUGCAAGAAUGACGAAAAAAAAAAAAAAAUAGCACCGUGUCUUUGUGAAAGUCAAACGAGUGUUUUUCUGCUGAUGGUCACUGGAAGAUGUCCAGCGUCAGAGGCUGUCGUUACUCUGACGAGACUCAGGGUUGAAUUUUUGUCUCAUGUUCCAAAUCAUUUUUGUUGCAGAAUAGUAAUGUCAAUCGUUUUGGUUUUUUAUCGCUAUAUUUUAGUUUGUCCGGUGACAAAACGGUUUCUUCGGAGCUGACACUUUCCUGCUAUUAUACAAUUGGUAAAAUCUCCAAGGUUGGCCCUUGAGAGACAAGAUGAGAAAUGACCACAAUGCAUUUGUCAAGUUUUGUUUAUAUUCAGUUCAGGGAACUCAUUUAACGGUCUGACCCAGUUAAUUUAUUUAAUGACAUUAUAGCCGUUACAACAAUUGCUAUUUUGUUACGUUUCCGUCUUGUAGGACGCCAAAGUUAAGCGUGAUGUAAAAACCGAUUUUCAAAGCAACUCCUGCUCGUCCGUCAAUGACAGUCACUGAGUUAAAUUAUUCACGUGCUAAUUUGUGCUGCUGUCUGUUCAUGUGUGAAUGAGCGCUUCAUGCGGUCAACUGCUUUAUUUUUGUUUUUUCAUAUUUUAGCGUAACAGUGCAGGGAUUUAUUUGUCUGUUUUAAAACAUUCUUUGACCGCCUGUACAUAAGAGAUUCCAAGUUGUAUGUUUUUUUUUUUUAAUGAUGAAAUGAGGCAUAAUAUUUGUUGGCUUGAACAUUUUGGGAAUAAAUUGAUUUUGAAGAAAAAAAAAGGUGAUUUCUUAAAAUUCAAACAGUCAAACGUACAAAAACACAAAACUAGAGUGUACAGAUACUCUUUUUUUUGGUAUGAGUAUAUAAGACAAAAACUGUCCCAUUCAUUUCUAUUGGAAUGCCAUUGACAGCCAUGUACGUCCAAAUUUCCCAUUCAUUUUCAAUGGCUGGAAAACAUACUGUAGGUCCUUGUGAUUUUGGACUAUUUACCAUGACAGCCCAUUCAUGGCCCCCAAGUAAGUCGAUGCCAUUGACGGCUAUGUACUUCUAAAUUUCCCAUUCAUUUUCAAUGGCAAAAAAACGCCUGGUUGUGAUUUUUGACCAAAAGUUUAACAAUACAGUUCAUUGACAUUCAAGUGGCGCCCAAGUUAGUCGAUGUCAUUGACAGCCAUGAAACAGGACAUGUCCCCGAAACGUCCCGAAAUCAACAGGAAGUUACAUGAUGGAUCUGUAUGUACCGCAACAAAACCCCAUCGUAAUUUCCCCAGAAAUUGCAGUUUCUAGUUAUUUAUCUAUUUAGCUUUCAAACAAAGCCCCAUCGUAAUUUCCCCAGAAAUUGCGGUUUCUAGUUAUUUAUUUAGCUUUCAUGUUAUUCUUCGCGUUUUUUUCCCUCUUGCCAUAGCCCGAACUGUUUGGCUAAUCGACACUUCGAAUAUCAAAAUGACCGGAAUUAUCACGCAACGCAGGGACUUUUGAACGACCCCAAAAAUGUUUCCGUUUGUCCGUAAACGCAGGUAAAAAAAAAAAAAAAAAAAAAAAGUCUUAAAAUGUCCUCUGAUAAAAAAAUCCAAGACGGUAAGGGGCAUAAAAGUUGUACACAAAAUUUGGCAAAAACGUACUGUUCCCCCAAAAUUUACCAAUAACUUUCCCAUUUAUUUCUAAUGGGAUGCCAUUGACAGGCAUUUACGUCCAAAUUUCCCAUCCAUUUUCAAUUGUAGAAAAGCAUAGGUAAUUGUGAUUUUUUUACCAUUUACCACAACAGCCCUUUGACAGUCAACUGGCACUCACGGAAGUCAGUCCCAUUGACGGCCAUGCAUGUCCAAAUUUCCCAUUCAUUUUCAACACAAUUUACUUUGAGGGCUAUGCACGUCCAUGCCAUUGACGACCACGUAUGUCGAUUCUAUUGAUGCCAAUAUACUUGGAUUCCAUUGACACGUAUGUAAGUCGAUGCCAUUGACCGCCACGUACGUCCAAAUUUCCCAUUGAUUUGCAAUGGCAUUUGCACUGCAUUGAUACCCAUGUACACAGAUGCCAUUGAUGGCCAUGUAUGUCGAUUCUAUUGAUGCCAAUAUACUUGGAUUCCAUUGACACGUAUGUAAGUCGAUGCCAUUGACGGCCAUGUAAGUCCAAAUUUCCAAUUCAUUUUCAAUGGCAUUUCCAUUGCAUUGAUGCCCAUGUACAUAAAUGCAAUUGACGGCCAUAAAUGUCGAUUCUAUUGAUGCCAAUGUACUCAGAUCCCAUUGACGGCCAUGUAUGUCCGAAUUUCCAAUUCAAUUUCAAUGGCAAAAAAAACUGUUUGCCCAAAGUGACCUGAUAUCAACGGGAAGUGUCCCUGAACUAACAGGAAGUGACCAAAUAAAUCUAUCUACCACAGCAAAGCCCCAUCAUAAUUUUCUCCAGAAAUUGCAGUUUUGAAAUGCAAAACUGAAAGGGGCACAACCAAUUAAUCUUAUCAAGAAGUGAAUUCUAAAAAGAUUUCUCUAGGAGAAAUUUUGUUAUAACCAUGAAAAGUAUUCCUAAUAUGCUUGAUUGUACAUUUUUUAAAAUCUUGGAUAACAAUUCCUCCAAUUUUGAGAACAAAUCAAAUAUAAAUUAGACCGCUUUCAAUCCAACCCUCACUGUAAAGAGUUUUUGCACUGAAAAGUGAAAUUUGUAUCGUUUCAAAUGAUUUCCCGAUGUACGUCACGUGACACAAUUUCCAGGCUAAUAGAGCUUGCUGAUCAAAUUUUGAAAGCGAUGUUGUUCAUUUUUUUUAUUUUUUAACUGCACAACAACACGACAGACAAAACAAACAACAAUACAAACAAACAAAAAUUGAAGAAUAAUCAAUAAUACAAAAAAAACCCCCACAAAUAUGCCAGAGUAUAAACACUCCAAACAUUGCACAUCAAGUGAAAAAAAAAAACAAUCAUUUUAAGCAAUUAGUCACAAAAACGUUUUAGUUUAUCACAAGUAUUUUUUCGCUUUCAGAUUCUUUGACUUUUUAAACAGAUUUAUAUAGCAUACAGUUUCAUCAUGAAAGUGAGAAGAGAAAAGGAUGGUAACAGCUUGCUGUAUAUUUACAUUUGUGGAGGUAGAAUUUUGAUAACAAAAUGAGUAGAUUGAUAAUAAACGUUUUUUUUUAAUUGAACCAUAUACACACAAAGCACUCAAGUAUCUACAUCAAAUACAAUAUUAUAGACUGAGCAUAAUCGAACAGCUAAUAGCAACGACAACAGUGGCGCCACCAGGGGGUGGCCAGGGGUGGCCGUGGCCACCCCUAUAAAUUGGUUGGCCACCCCACUGGCCACCCCGCUUGGCAGUAUAUCGUUAGAUUGUUGUAGCAUCAGUUAUGCAUUUCAUCCCAAAUGAAUGCAUUUAUUUUGUUUUGUUAAAUGUAGGGCUGUCAAAUUUAUCGCAUUAACGGGCAGUAAUUAAUUUUUUAAAAAUUAAGCACGUGAAAAUAUUAUCGCAAUUAACGCAUGCGCGGUACAACUCAUUCACGCAUUGCCGCAAACAGCCUACCAUGGCGUCGUUUUACUUCUAUA